UAAAACGGGAUAAAAAACACAAAUUUGGAAACCAAUUGGAAGCCCAGAAAAUUGCGGAUAACAGAGUUAUUUUUAUUUAUUUUAUUUAUUUCUCCGGGCCCAUAUAUCACAGUAUCAUGGAAAACAUGGUCCAGAAAAAGGCGGUAAAGCGAUCGCGAUCGGCGGAUGACGACGAUGCCAACAACAAUCUCACCCAGCGGAAAAUCUGGGUGAACCAGAAGAUGAGUGAUUCCAACAAUCCUCAGAAAAUGAAGGAGGUCCAUGAGAAAACAACGAAAAUGCUUUUCGACGGUGCAGCCGGCAAUGGAGGAGGAGGACAGGGUCAGGGCCAGAAUGGAUCCUCCACUGGAAUGGAUGGUCAGCAGGGCCAGGAGCAGCAGCCCCAGCUGUGUGAGCAGUACCAGCUGCUCGGCGACGGAACCAUCAUGCUGCGCAACCUGCGAGCCGACCUGUCCAAUCCGCGCCUGGAGCGCCACAAGUCCCGCUGCUGCCAGCGGCAAACGCUCAUCCACGACAUCUGCGUCAACUGCACCAUGGAUCUCUGCGAGGAGUGCGGCUAUUCCUGCGGCGAGUGCUCCAAGUUCAUAUGCCGCAGUUGCGUCACAUUAUUUGGUAAUCGUCUUGAUGAAGCCGAAGAUCCUUUGUGCGACCGCUGCCAGAUGUUUUUCGCCUAGCGAUCUCGCCUUUGCCAAAGGAUCUCUUGGCCAGAAAAGAAGAAAAGCGC